AUGACUGUUACUUAUACUGGAGAAGUAGCUACUUGCACGGGAUUCGGAUGUUUUUGGAAAUUAUUAUUUAGGUGGAGAGGAAGCAUUUACAAACUAUUAUGGCCAAAUUUAGUUGUCUACUCCAUAUUGUAUUUUAGUUUGAGUGGAACAUAUAGAUUUCUUUUAAACAGUGAACAAAGAACGCUUUUUGAAAAAAUGUCGCUUCAUUGUCAAGUUUAUGGCGAUUUAAUACCAGUUUCUUUCGUUCUCGGCUUUUAUGUAUCCCUCGUGAUAAAAAGAUGGUGGGAUCAGUAUUUAUGUUUACCAUGGCCGGAUAAUUUAGCUCUUUUUGUCAGUUCUUUGGUUCAUGGACAGGAUGAUCGCGGAAGAAUUAUGCGAAGAACUAUUAUGCGUUACGUUAACUUAAGUCUAUUACUCACUUUAAGAAUGAUAAGUCCACGUGUUAAAAAAAGAUUUCCCACGCUUGAACACGUUGUUGAAGCUGGAUGGAUGUUACCUGGUGAAAAAAAAAUUUUUGAGGAUUUAGAACACAAAACCCCUCACACCAAGUACUGGAUGCCUUUGGUGUGGGCCGGAGGAAUCGUGACAAGAGCAAGAAAGGAAAAUAGAGUUAAAGAUGAUUUUGCAUUGAAGACUCUCAUUGAUGAAUUAAAUAUAUUCAGAGGUGGUUGUGGUGGAAUGUUAAAUUAUGAUUGGAUUAGUAUUCCGUUGGUUUAUACCCAAGUAGUGACAUUGGCGGUGUACGUCUUUUUCCUAUCAACCCUGAUGGGUAAUCAAUAUUUGGAUCCGAGUAAAGGAUAUGCAAAACAUCAAAUCGAUUUAUUUCUACCAGUUUUCACUUUUCUUCAGUUUUUUUUUUACAUGGGGUGGCUUAAAGUUGCUGAAUCUUUAGUAAAUCCUUUCGGAGAAGAUGACGACGAUUUUGAAUUAAAUUGGUUACUAGAUAGAAAUUUACAAAUAUCCUACGUCAUAGUUGAUGAAAUGCAUCAGGAGCAUCCGGAAAUGUUGAAAGAUCAAUAUUGGGAUGAAGUUUUUCCAGUUGAGUUACCUUAUACAGCAGCCGCUAAACAGUACCAUACAGGUCCACCUCAACAUUCCGCUGAAGAAGUUGAAGUUCCUUCGCAUCAAGCUGAAUUUAUGCCCUUGGAUACGGUUUUAGAAGAAAAAGAAGGAUCUAAAAUGAACAUCGAAGAAAUUAUUUCAUCAGAGCAUCCAAGUGUUCAAAGAGGAGAAACACAUCCGAUGAAAAUUCAAAGACUCUCACUUCGUCCCAGUAGAGAAAAUAAUUCUGGAUCGGAGCCGUCUACGAUGUCCAGUAAAGGAAAAAGUUCCGUUCUUAAUCUUCUGAGUAAAAUUUUUCACCAAAAACGCAGCUCCAAAGAAGAGGUGAUUCAUUUGGGAAGCUCGGCAUCUUUAAGAAGUAGAAGAGGAAACAAGAGUACUUCAAGGCUGAGUUCUACAUCACAUUCAAUGGGUCAAAGUCGGUCUUCUUUUGUCAGGGAAAGUGUACCUUGUAACGAAUUUCAACUUGAGAUAUUCGCCAUGUCCGAUUUGGAUAUUUCUAACAAGGAAGUCAGUUUGCCAAACGAAUCCGAUAACAAAUCAACGGUUCCACAUCACAGUCCGUCUUACGUUUUGUCAAACAUUUGCAAAAACGAUCCUUUUGCCAAACAACCUGGUGAUACCAUACUAGAUGCCGAUCCGUCACGAUUCGUGGAUUAUCAUAAAAAAAAAGAAGCAAAGAUUGCAAUUGGUAUCAUUCCACAAGCUUUCGAUAAAAAAGAAAUAUCUCCAAGUCAUGUGUUAACGGGAGAAACUCAUUCUGCUAAAGUUAUCGUACAAAAUGGCUCACCGGUACCUCAUAUUUUCGCACCGGAAAAUUCGACUGCUUUUGUACCGUCAGUCAAAGUGGCAUCGGUAGUAAAAGAACCCAAUUCAAAAUUUAAUCGUUUUGAUGUUAAAGUAACGUCCGAAAAAGACAUAAAUCAACAAUAUUAUCAAUCUUCGGAUUUAUGUACGAAUUUAAAAACGAUAAUGCCACCUGCAGAUUCAUCGGAAAUGGAAUCCGUUAAAAUAUUGUCCGAAGUUAAAAAUUUUAAUUUUUUAAAUGAUCCAGGGACAUCGAUAAAUUCCGAAUCUUCCGUUUUUGAUAGUGGUAAACCGAUGACUGCAUUAUUACCAUCAUCACUUCCGGUUAAUGCGAUAACUCCCUUACAACCAGCUACAAUAACGGCCAAUUUUGUUUCUUACGUUGACAAAGAUAUUAAAAAUAACGAAAUUGAAAAAAUAAUAAAAGGUUUGCCGCCGUCUACGAAAGACUCAUUAUCCAAAGUUGACAACAGCGACGAAUCAAAUAUCAAAGUGAACGAUUCCAAAUUAGAACCAAUGAUAAUAUAUAGUUGUAAUUUUGUUGACGAAUCGAGUUCUUCGUCAGAAAAAGAAGAACUUGGACUCAUAACUCCAGAUCCCACGAUGCCAAGUGCCGCAAUACCCGUGCCAGCUGUAUCUCAUGCUCAUGUUUCACCGUGUUCCGAUGAUAUAGAUUUAGGAAGAAGAUCGUUGAUGCACGAGUUAGAGCCCAUCAUCGAGCAUAAAGAUGAAGGAACUUUAAGUAUUGAAUCAUCGACUCAAAUAAAAAAUUUGACUUCGCCCUCGUCACCUGAAAAAUCAUCCGACGUUGAAAAAAAUGAUAAUAAAAUAUAA